AACGGAAGCAGCCAAUCAUAUUGCUGUUUCUUCGAAAACGUGUCAUAAUUUUUUUUCUUCCAGCUUGUAUACACGUGCACGGAGUAGUGUGUGUUCCUGUUUGUCCACGGAGAAAACUGAAGCAGCUAAACUAGUUUUCUAUCAUCCUUAAAAUGGCAAAAAGCCUCCGGAGCAAAUGGAAGAGGAAGAUGCGUGCAGAGAAGAGGAAGAAAAAUGCUCCCAAGGAGCUGGCUCGUCUGAAACAAGCCCUGAGUCUGGAUAAGAAAGGAGAAGCUGUCAUGACUGAAGUGCAGGAGAUCGCCACUGUGGUGCCAGCUGACAAGAUCAAGAAGCAGACAGAUGUGGAUAUGGGGGAGGUAGAGGGUGACGAUGGGAAGAUGGACAUGGACAGCAAGCGCAGCAAGAAAACUCAGUUGGAUGAAAAUGGACAGUACCCUGCAUGGAUGAGUCAACGGCAGGCCAAGAAACUGAAAAGCAAACGAAUGGCAAAGAAAAGUGGCCAGGGCAAGAAGAAGAAGGGUAUCUCCUGGUGAACCAGAGGAAACCAAAAGACCUUUGCUUUGCCUUAAAGACUUUAACGCAGAAACACAGGAUCAUUUCAUGUAUUCCUUUUAUACAUAACUGUGGAAUUUCUGCUAUUGAAUCUCAUUCUGUUCAGUGGAUUACAAGAUUCACAGAGCCUGUUAUUGUAAAGUAAUUCACUGCAGGAAAAUGUUUGUUCUUAUGGAACAGCAGCUUCAUUUUCAUGUUAGGACAGGUUUUAAGAAAGUAAGACUGUAUUCUCCUACAAUUAAAUCUUUCCAUACACCGAUAGGGAAAAAAAAUAAUUUACAGAUAUAUGGCUUGUGUUGUUUACUAUAGUUUUUUGUCCUAAACCACUUAAGACUGGGUGUUGUGGUUAAAAUCAAUAUAACUGGGGCAUCCGCGUGGCUUAGGGGUUGAGAUGCUGACCAUGAACCGCAAUGUCUCAGGUUUGAGUCCGACUAGGGACAUUUGUUGUACGUCAUUCUCCAUUUUUCUCCCCUCAUGUCGUGUUCUCUCUUAUACGAUAUUGUUGCAUAUACCGUGAUAUAGAAGAUGUAUGCAAAAAUCAUAAAUGAAUGAACUGUGUUGUAAAUAAAACGCUUUUCACUUGUGAAAUAACUUUA